AUGGGCUCCGGGCGCGGAGAAACUCCCUCAACAUCCAUCUCCAUCUUCCCAUUCACUGGAGGGCAAGACAAAAGCGGAGCGGAGACUUGGCAGCGGCGCCCGGCGGCUCCUCAGCUGCCAGUGGUACGCAUGGCUUGCCGAGGAGGGGCCGCCUCCUGCGCGCCCUCCCUCCUGCCACCCUUCGCCCGCGCUCCCCGCAGCACCGCUCGCCUGCUCAGCUCCAGCACUAACGGCGUCUGGGCAGGGAAGCGCGAGGAGCGGGUGGCCGAGUGUCCUUGGAGCGGUGGCCUUCAGGCGCCCCCGGCAGUCCCGCUAAACAGAGAGCAUCCCGGCGGCAGCCGCGGCGGCGCCUCCCAGCCGCACACCCAGCCCCGAGGCUGCUAGGGGACCUGCUCUCCAGCCCAGCCUCGGAUCCUCGCCGCGUACCAGCCUCUCCUUGGGUUCCUCAGCGUUUUCCCUCCCCUCCAAUCUUCUGAACAAAGUUACUGGAAGAACAAACCUGAGGGUCGAUGGGUGCGGAAGAAGGAAAAGUGAGAAGUCGCUGCCAGGCAUUUACUGCAAUCUUACAACUUCACGGGAACUGUUACUGCAACUCUGCACGUCCAGGAAGGACCUUCCAGCAACUACGGAGAGAAACAGCGGGUUAUUAAAAACCUGUUUAAUAUUAAAUAG